GAAAAAGUAGAGGGGUUCUUUUCCGAAGUCUUGUAAUUUCCCAGACCGUCGACGACAAAACUCUACACAUGUCCAUUAACGUCUGGAUUUCGAUUGUCAAGAAGUUUUGUAAAACGCAAACUCCGAUAAUCUUUCUCUAAUCUCCGAUCGUGUUUUCUUAGUGAGAUGGCGGAAGAGAAGGUAAAAGAUGAAGCUAUGCAAAUAAUGGGAAUGUUUCAAAUUCUUCCGAGACUUGUCGUCUUUGAUCUCGAUUAUACUCUCUGGCCUUUCUACUGUGAGUGCCGUUCGAAACGAGAAAUGCCAUCUAUGUAUCCACAAGCAAAGGGUAUAUUGAGUGCUUUGAAAGAGAAGGGUAUCGAAAUGGCUAUUGCUUCGAGAUCUCCUACUUCAGAUAUUGCUAACACAUUUCUUGAUAAAUUGAACAUUAAGCCCAUGUUUGUGGCCAAGGAAAUAUACUCAAGUUGGAGUCAUAAGACGGAACAUUUUCAGAAGAUACACACAAGAACGGGAGUGCCGUUUACCGCGAUGCUCUUCUUCGAUGAUGAAGACCGAAACAUUAAAUCAGUUAAACACAAACUACUACUUGAGCGUACAUUGCAUAGUGUGGAUUAAUUUCUUUACUUUGUGCACUAAGAUUGAAUCUUUUAUGUGUGAUCAAUUAAACAGGUUUCGAAAAUGGGAGUGACAAGCAUCCUUGUUGGUGAUGGGGUUACGCUUGGAGCAUUUAGACAAGGGCUUACUGAAUUUACUCAAAAUCAUAAUAGUAUCGAGAAGAAUAAACAGGUUUGGCGUGACAAGUAUUCUGGAAAGCCUACAUCAUCGGAGACAGACAAAGAUUAACAUUCAUUUGUGAGAGUUAUGAUCCAUUGGUGGACACAAAACAUUCUCGAGUGUUGUAUCACCAUUUUUAACUACAAGUAAUUUACUCGGAUAUGUUAAGAUUUGUAUUGAACAAGAAAGAUUAAUCUAGACUAAAAACAUGCUCUUCUCGAGAAAAUGCAGAAAACAUUGGAUUGACUUCUA